AUAACACAUUCAAAAAAAUGUUAGUGGCUUACCCGAGGCUGAAAGGGUAUCUCGAAUCAGAGAUUGAAUCUGGACCGUGCAAUUCUGAGAAGGGCAACACAACCACAGUGUUGUGUCUCCACGUCCUCUUAAUUGUGUCUUAAGCGCCGUUUUCACUUCUUAAACACAAAAGAAUCAUUAUUUCCUUCGGAGCCUGGCCGGCGAAUCCGACCGGUCGAUACAGCUGUGUCCGAAGGAAUCAAAGAGGUUGAGUUGAGUUGCAGGCUCUCCAUUUGAACAGUCACAGCUGUAUCAUUCGUCGAGAUCACAACACUGAGUUUAAGCAAGCUUCACUGUUAAGUUAAUGGCGGCUUCAUUGCAGUUGUAUGGAGUUCAAACUCCAGGGCUUGCUUUAAGUUCAAAAAGGCUUGAGUUUGGCACAAAGGGGAUCUGUAACUUCUCAGUCACUCCCACCUCGAGUAGCGCAAUCUUUAGAACCGUAGAGCAUUCUUGUAGGAACACACCUUUGAGAGUUAGCUGUGAAGCUGCAAGAGUCGAUUUGAUUGAGAGAAAACAGACUGAGACGAGGAGUGUAAGCGGAACCGGCAAAGAGCUGACGUGUGUGAUGAAGUUCGGAGGCUCAUCGGUGGAGUCAGCAGAGAGGAUGAAAGAAGUUGCCAAUCUUAUACUCAGCUUUCCUGAUGAGAGGCCUGUUAUUGUGUUAUCAGCAAUGGGCAAGACUACUAAUAAGCUUUUGAAGGCUGGGGAGAAGGCUGUUACUUGUGGUGUCACAAAUGUAGAAAGUAUUGAAGAACUGAGCUUUAUUAAGGAACUCCAUUUAAGAACUGCUCAUGAGCUUGGAGUGGAAACAACGGUUAUUGCACAACACCUAGAAGGACUACACCAGCUACUGAAAGGCAUAUCGAUGAUGAAAGAGUUAACCUUACGUACAAGGGACUACUUGGUUUCGUUCGGAGAGUGCAUGUCCACAAGGCUCUUCUCUGCGUACCUCAACAAAAUUGGCCACAAAGCUCGUCAAUAUGAUGCAUUUGAGAUUGGGUUUAUAACCACAGACGAUUUCACAAACGCUGAUAUACUUGAAGCAACGUACCCUGCAGUCUCCAAGACACUACUUAAUAACUGGAGCAAGGACAAGGCAGUCCCUGUAGUUACUGGCUUCCUCGGAAAGGGAUGGAGGUCUUGUGCUAUAACGACGUUGGGAAGGGGUGGUAGUGAUUUGACAGCCACAACGAUUGGUAAAGCGUUAGGACUGAGAGAGAUUCAGGUUUGGAAAGAUGUGGAUGGAGUUUUGACUUGUGAUCCCAACAUAUACUCUGGAGCUCAGUCUGUUCCAUACUUAACGUUCGAUGAGGCAGCUGAGCUUGCUUACUUUGGUGCUCAGGUGUUGCAUCCACUGUCCAUGAGGCCAGCAAGAGACGGUGACAUUCCCGUUAGAGUUAAGAACUCGUACAACCCCAAUGCUCCAGGAACUGUCAUCACCAGAUCCAGAGACAUGAGUAAGGCUGUGCUGACAAGCAUCGUUCUGAAACGUAAUGUGACCAUGCUGGACAUAGCAAGCACUCGAAUGCUCGGUCAAUAUGGUUUCCUCGCCAAGGUGUUUACCACAUUUGAAGAUUUAGGCAUAUCAGUGGAUGUUGUGGCAACAAGUGAAGUUAGUAUAUCUCUGACAUUGGAUCCAGCAAAGCUCUGGGGUAGAGAGUUAGUUCAGCGGGCAAACGAGCUGGAUCAUGUGGUGGAGGAGCUAGAGAAGAUUGCUGUUGUUAAGCUGCUUCAGCGGAGAUCAAUCAUCUCUCUCAUAGGAAACGUUCAGAAAUCAUCACUCAUAUUAGAGAAGGUUUUCAAAGUACUUAGAAGCAAUGGAGUGAACGUGCAGAUGAUCUCACAGGGUGCAUCUAAGGUAAACAUUUCAUUGAUAGUGAAUGAUGAAGAGGCAGAGCAAUGUGUGAGGGCUCUUCACUCCGCCUUCUUUGAGACCUCUUCUUAAUGCAAACGCAGAGCUUAGAAUGUGUCUACUAAAGACUUGGAACUACUUCACAUUCUUCUUGUUCUAGUUGUUGUUGUGGUACGGUUAUAUUGUGUUUCAAACUCUAUAAUCAAUAAAUUUCUUUCAACAAA